CUUUCUCUCUCACUAAUUCUCUUUCAUAUUCCUGGCUCUACUUUCUUCUGCUUUCUUAGUGGUUUUAGUUCUUCUGCUUCUGAGUAUUGUGGUACCAUUGUCCCGGAAGUCGAACAUAGGAGCAACAAUGACAUGAUUUGGAUAGAUUUUGCAAUUGUAGCGCGGAUUUUUGUUGUGGUGCAGUGCCUGUUCGUCAUUGAGACGACGGCCUUGGCACUAUGUAAAUGAGAGGGGCCGUCUCUUUCGUCGUCCCCGUCUUGAUGGAGCCAGUAUUUCAGUCUUGCUGCGUAUUGCACCCAAGUAUGAUAUGAGUUGACUGGCAUGAUUGAAUCUGCGCUUUUGUGCACUAUUUGUUGGUUGAUAGUGUAGAAAAUAUGGGUAAUGGCAUUGUUAGAUGUGACCUAACCCUACUCUCUCCUAAUUCCAAGGGGUUUGGGCGGGAGGGUUUUAGGUUACGAUUUCUUUUUAGAUAUUAGGUCCUCAGUAAUCUUCUAGGUAGCAUCUGUUGGUGGAAGGGUAUUUUUCUGCUAGGUUUCCGGUGUGAAGGGCACUACUUGGCGGUCUCUUUGGUUGUGCUGGGCCGAGAGGGAUUUUUUUUGCUAGGGCUCUGCGAAGGAGAUGACUGCUGUGGCUGUUGAAGGUGAGAAUGUUGCUGUAGAAGAUGAUGCUGAUGGAGGAAACAAGCUUGAUUCUCCCGAGGAUGAUGUUGCCACCUCUGGGGUUGGCAGUUAUGAGCCAAAGCUUGGUGAUAGUGUCUCUAGGGAAGAGGGUGCUCAUGGAAAUGACGAGCCUCAUAACCUGCAGAACACUUCUAACUCUUACAACUCAGAGGAUGAUAAUUAUGUACCAAAGCUGGGUAUGGAGUUUGAUGAUGAACACAGUGUGUUCCAGUUUUAUAAUUUUUAUGCACAGAAGCUAGGAUUUAGUGUUCGGGUUAACAGUUGGAACAUGAACACUAAAGGUGUGCUGACGCGCAAGACAUUUACAUGUUAUAAGGAGGGUUACCCUCGGCCACGUCCAAAUGGUGGUGUAAUAAAGAUACGACCUAAUGCCAGAUGUGGCUGCCCUGCACGACUAAUUGUUAAGAGGGGCUCAAAUAAUAGAUUAUACGUGGCUGAAUUUGAACCCAGACAUAACCAUCAGCUUGCUAGUCCAAAUGAAGUCCAUAUGUUGCGGUCACAUAGAAAUGUGACAAAAGCUCAUGCAGCGAUUGUGGAUCUAGCAGACAGUUUGGGCUUGACACCCAAACCCAUAUAUACUUUCAUAGAGAAACAAUUUGGAGGCAAAAGCGAUAAUGAAAAAUCAGUCAUAGCAACACGGUUUAGUGUUAUAAGCAAUGCUCUGAUCAAGAUUGCAAUAAUGGCUUCUGAAAGUGAAGAAACGUACAAGUAUCUUGAAAGUCAGUCCACUAUGAUUAAGGAUGUAGUGGAGUGCAUGCUGAAAAAGAACACAAGUCCCAUGCAUGCAAGUACCCUGAUGCAAAAUUCAACCCCAGCUGCAGAUUCUGAGACUCCCACUGGCCCCUCUACAGAACAACCACCUAAUGUGAAGGAGACUGGGAACUGCAAUGUGCAAGAAAAUGAAAAUGAACGAGGGACAUCAGACACAGUGAAUAGUGUAAAAAAGAAGGAUUCUCGUGACCAAAGACGGACUCGGGCCAAGCGCAUACUUGAGGAGAAAAGGAAGAAAAGGAGGCUAGAGGUGAAUGUGGCACCUCUUGGUAUGCAAGCACCUGCUACAAAUACUGCUCAGGGAAGGGCAAUGCAUGUAAUGCCCUGGGGUGUUCAAUAUUCCCAGCAAAUGAGUGCAACUGAAAAUCCAAGAAGUGCAGAAGCAAAUAUGGUUGACUCAAAUAGAAGGGUUUUGGGCAAACAUGUUUAUGGUGUUUAUGUUCCUGUAAUACUCCCAUAUGUGGCAUUUUCAGAUAUUUUAUCCCAUAAUUUGGGUUUUCAAAUCAAAUACAGGAACAAGUUCAUCAACAAGCAAGCAAAUGAUUUGGUGCAUGUACAUCUUCUUGUGCACUAUGUCUCAUUCAGGUGUACAGUUCCACAGAAAUGCCUCCCUGUUGUGAUUGGGGAAACAGAGUAACUCAGAUCAUGUCCAUUAACCAUGAACUCACUGACAUGGCACCAAUCCGCUGCCAAGCCUUUGUUUUCUUGUAGGUUCUUCAUUUUUCUCCCUCCUUGUUAGCCAUGGAAUGACCUUCACAAGAGUUGGUUUUGGAAAGCCAAGGAUCAUAAGAUGCAUUUCCAGAGCUUGAAGGUCUGAAGAUGGUGGAGGGAUAGCAGCUCGAUCUUUCGGUGGAGAGAUACUGUUUUAACUGUCAGUAUGUUGCUGAUGCCGAUUUUCAUCAAACUUGGUCAUACAAGUCUUGUUUUAAUAUAUUUUAUUUUACUUCUCCACUCUUUUUGACCAUUAAUGACUGCAGUUACUUUUAA